GAUGUUCUUCUACGAGCAUUGAUUGCAUAUACACACAUGGUGGGCUAUCAUCACACAUUUCUAUACGAUUGGUAUGUGUUAGCACAAUCUAUACAAAAUCUCACCACUCUGCAUCAUUCUCUUUCUCUCUCUUUGGUUGUCCAUCACCUUCUUCCCUCUUCCAUUUCUCAUUCAAAGUAUGAAAGGAAGUAGCGUCAUGGCAGCCGGAGAGCAAGACUUGGAAGAGUGACACCCCUUGUCGCGUUUAAUGCCACUUUCCCCACUGCAAAGACAGUAUGGCUCCCACUUGUUCCUCUGCACUGGCGUCCAUCGCCGUGCUUCUUUGCUACUGGUACGGCCGCUGCUGUCAAGUAGAGGCCGCGGUCUCGGCGGUGUAUGUCUUCGGCGACUCCCUCGCCGACGUCGGCAACAACAACCACUUGGAGUUGUCCCUUCUGAAGGCCGACUUCCCGCACAACGGCGUCGACUUCCCCGGCCACAAGGCCACCGGGCGGUUCAGCAACGGCAAGAACUCCGCCGAUUUCCUCGCUGAGAGUCUGGGAUUGCCGACCUCUCCUCCGUACCUUGCUAUCACUUCAAGCUCUAACAACACCGAUGUGUUCCUCGGCGGUGUCAACUUCGCCUCGGGUGGUGGUGGAGUCCUGGAUUCUACCAACAAAGACCAAUGCAUCUCAUUCAACAAGCAAAUUGACUACUAUUCCUCAGUAUACACGGCCUUAGUUCAACAGCUAGGCAGUGCCCAAGCACAAGCUCAUCUCUCCACCUCCAUCUUUGCCUUCGUCAUCGGAAGCAACGACAUACUCAACUACGUCAAGUCCGGCUCCGCCAACAAGCUCAAGAACCCUCCACAGCAGUUCGUUGAUUCGCUGAUCUCAUCGCUGCGAGGACAACUAACGAGGAUGUACAAUCUCGGUGCACGCAAGUUUGUGUUCAUCGGCACGGGACCGAUCGGUUGCUGCCCAGCACAAAGGCAUCAGAACAAGACCAAGGAGUGCAGUGUGGAAGCCAAUUACCUCUCGGUUCAGUACAACAAGGGUGCUUCUUCCCUGCUGCAGGAAAUGUCAGCAGAACUCAGCGAUAUGAGCUACUCCUUUUUCGACACCAACACCGCACUGCUCGAGUCCAUCAACAAUCCAGAUGCUCAUGGAUUUGUCGAAGUGAAGGCUGCCUGCUGUGGGCUGGGUGAUCUGAAUGCUAAGAUCGCUUGCCUUCCAAUCUCAAGCUACUGCUCCAACAGGAAGGACCAUAUCUUCUGGGAUUUUUACCACCCAACAGAGGCCACUGCUGGGAUGCUAACAAGCACUGCUUUUGAUGGAUCGGUGCCCUAUGUGUAUCCUAUCAACAUAAGACAGCUUGUCGCCAUCUUGAGCUAAGGGUUUGUUUCCUAGUGUUUAGACUGUGGAGCCUCAAGUACAUGGAGGCAAUGUACGAAGAGCAAACUUACAGUAUACUUCCUUCUUUGAAUACCUCCUCCUAUAUGUAUCGUUGAAAUAUAUUAAUAUACAUGAUCUGUUUAUGUCACAA